GCCUUGUCUCUCUCCGGCUCCCCCCCCCUCCCCAAUAAAAAAAAAACAGAGAGGUAGAAAAGACAAUAUUCCGCCGUGAACCACCACCGCCAACUCCGCGUUGUCCACCGUGAACUCCUACUUAUCCGAUCUGAAGUAGUUUCCAAGUAGUUCAUUGAUCAGUACGGUGGUCUCCCUUCUGUGAUUCGCUAUCUCUAGGUUCCUGGGCGAUCCAAUAGUGGUUUCAAUGGGCACGAAACCGUUUGUACAUCCAGCUCCUCAGUACAAAACCAUAGAAACCUUUUGGGACGAGGAAGAAGACGCUCCUGGUCCUAGAUGCGCUCACACACUUACAGCCGUUGCAGCUACCAAGACUCACGGCCCUCGUCUCAUACUCUUCGGCGGCGCCACCGCUAUUGAGGGCGGGAACUCUUCCUCCGUACCUGGGAUCAGGUUAGCUGGUGUCACCAACUCGGUUCAUUCUUAUGAUGUUCUCACUAGGAAGUGGACAAGGCUUAAACCGGCUGGUGAGCCUCCUUCCCCUAGGGCUGCUCACGCCGCAGCUGCUGUUGGCACCAUGGUCGUUUUUCAGGGUGGCAUUGGCCCAGCCGGGCAUUCUACGGAUGAUCUUUACGUUCUUGACAUGACUAAUGAUAAGUACAAGUGGCAUAGGGUGGUAGUUCAAGGGGAGGGUCCAGGCCCUCGCUAUGGUCAUGUUAUGGAUUUAGUUUCUCAGAGGUAUCUUGUCACCGUCACCGGAAAUGAUGGGAAACGAGCUCUCUCUGACGCUUGGGCAUUGGAUACAGCUCAGAAACCAUAUGCAUGGCAGAGAUUGAACCCUGAUGGUGACCGACCAAGUGCUAGGAUGUAUGCUUCUGGCAGUGCUCGUUCUGAUGGCAUGUUUUUACUCUGCGGGGGAAGAGACACCUUGGGGGUGCCACAGGGAGAUGCUUACGGUUUACUCAUGCAUAGAAAUGGUCAGUGGGAAUGGACUCUGGCUCCAGGUGUGGCCCCUUCUCCAAGAUACCAGCAUGCAGCGGUAUUUGUAGGUGCAAGAUUGCAUGUCAGCGGUGGCGUUCUGAGAGGAGGCCGCGUGAUAGAUGCUGAAGCAUGUGUUGCAGUGCUUGAUACUGCUGCCGGUGUAUGGUUGGACAAAAAUGGGCAAGUGACCUCUGCGCGUGGCAGUAAAGUACAAAUGGAUCAAGAUCCGUCUUUUGAACUUAUGAGACGCUGUCGCCAUGGUGCUGCAUCAGUUGGUAUCCGGAUCUAUGUACAUGGUGGUCUUAGAGGAGAUGUGUUGCUUGACGAUUUUCUAGUCGCUGAAAAUUCAACAUUCCAGUCAGACAUCAGUUCUCCUCUGUCAGCAUCAUCAGAUAGAACCCAACAAAGCUCUACUCCCAGGUUUUCUUAUGCCGCACGACCUCCUUCAGGCUCUGAACCAGCACCCUCCUUAUCCGAAGGAAUGAGCUUGGAUGAAAAUUCCUUGGAGAAAUUGACGGAGGCUUCUGCGGCCGAAGCCGAAGUAGCUAGUUCUGUUUGGCGAGCUGCACAAUUAAGUUCUGCUUCUCUAGAUGAAGAACCCUCUGCAUCUGAUGGCAGCUCUCCAACAGUAGAAACCAUUACUGAUUAUCCUGAAACUGAAGGAGAUGUCCGGCUUCAUCCAAGAGCUGUUGUGGUAGCAAAGGAGACGGUAGGCAAUCUAGGCGGCAUGGUGAGACAGCUAAGCUUAGAUCAGUUUCAGAACGAGAGCCGGCGGAUGGUUCCCGUGAAUAAUAGCGAUGUGCCACAACCCACCAAGAAGUUCACGCGACAGAGGUCUCCUCAAGGCCUGCAUAAAAAGGUCAUUUCUGCUUUGUUGAGACCACGAAACUGGAAACCUCCUGGGAAUAGGAAGUUUUUCUUGGAUUCUUACGAAGUUGGGGAACUCUGUUACGCUGCUGAACAAAUAUUUAUGCAUGAACAAACGGUUCUUCAGCUAAAAGCUCCUAUUAAAGUCUUUGGUGAUCUCCAUGGGCAAUUCGGCGAUUUGAUGCGGUUGUUUGAUGAGUAUGGAUUCCCUUCAACAGCUGGAGAUGUCACGUAUAUUGAUUAUUUAUUUUUGGGAGAUUAUGUCGACCGGGGGCAACACAGCCUGGAGACUAUAACUUUGCUGCUUGCAUUGAAGAUUGAAUAUCCGGAGAAUGUUCACUUGAUUCGUGGAAAUCACGAGGCUGCUGAUAUCAAUGCCCUAUUUGGUUUCCGUCUUGAGUGCAUAGAAAGACUGGGAGAGAAUGAUGGGAUCUGGGCGUGGACAAGAUUCAAUCAACUUUUCAAUUAUCUUCCCCUGGCUGCUCUCAUCGAGAACAAAAUUAUAUGUAUGCAUGGUGGGAUUGGGAGGUCAAUCAGUUCAAUGGAGCAGAUCGAAAAAAUCGAAAGGCCAAUAACAAUGGAUGCUGGAUCCCUUAUUCUUAUGGAUUUAUUAUGGUCUGAUCCUACAGAGAAUGAUAGUAUAGAGGGUUUGAGACCAAACGCCAGAGGACCCGGACUUGUCACGUUUGGGCCUGAUCGAGUUACAGAGUUCUGUAAGAAGAAUAAACUACAGCUAAUUAUCAGAGCCCAUGAAUGUGUAAUGGAUGGAUUCGAAAGAUUUGCACAGGGGCAGUUGAUUACGCUUUUCUCGGCCACAAAUUACUGCGGAACCGCGAACAAUGCGGGAGCUAUAUUGGUGGUUGGCAGAGGACUGGUGAUUGUUCCCAAGCUGAUUCAUCCUCUUCCACCUCCCAUCCUAUCUCCAGAGAAUUCUCCUGAACAUUCUGGAGACGACGCUUGGAUGCAGGAGCUAAAUAUCCAGAGACCGCCUACUCCAACACGAGGGAGGCCACAACCGGACUUUGACAGAAGCUCGCUUGCAUACAUCUAAAACUAAAUUGCAUUCGCGUUUUUUUUUUUUCACAAUUCACUGGAAGUCAUCAAGGUAGAAGCAAUUGAGAAUUUGGUACAACUCUAUACAAGUAUAGUAAAAGAUGUUAAUGGUUCAACAUUUGCAGCGUUCACAUACUCUGCCGCACAUGUGUAAUAUAAUAACCUACUUACUGUACCAGAGAAUGAAUGGUAUGGUACUUCUUUGUUUCUUCCCUCUUUCUACUAAAGAAAACUUUCAGAUA